AUGCCUCAAACGUGUGACAUGCUAACUGGCACAUAAACGACAACUGCAUGUAGUAUAUUCUGUACAUCGUCAAAUACGGGUAAAUAAAGACAUACAAGUAAACAAUCGAACACCGAUAGUUCAUGGACCAAAGGUUGGUUACAUAACACUCAUGCACAGUAGUGCACUACUUAUUAAAUCAACCAAUUCAAUAAAAUGUUCGAGGAAUACUUGUACGUAAUUAAACGCUGACGUUUAUGUGAAUUGAUAUAGAUUGUUGUCGUCGCUUUUGUUCGCAAUGUAACUGAAUUGACCCUUUUCACUCAAGCUUCAAAUAUAUCCUCCGCGGAGUCCAUGACCGUAAGUUAAAUUCCAGCGUUAUACGUGCAAACCACGUUUGACUGAGAUAAAGGGGAUAUAUCAGAUGAGGCAUCCCACGGAGGUAAUGAUUUCUCACACCAGUUUUAACAUAGACUUAUCAUUACCAUCCCUGAACUUCGGCUAAAGUGAGAUUAAACAGAGCUUAAAGCAAGGAUUCAUUUUGCUUUGACAGUUUGAACGGAAAUCAGAUGUCACAGGGUCAAAUUCUACAUCCUGUAAACAGUAUAGGCCUAUAUGGAGGAUCACGUGCUGGUAGAAGUAGCAGAGUCCAUCUCGUUUAUUGAGAGAUGCAUGGUUGCCAUCGGAACAAACCCCUCCCAUGCUACUCUCCUUGCCGAGCUCCUGGUAACAGCCGACCGUAGAGGGCACUACAGCCAUGGCAUAAAUCGCAUCGAUGUUUACCUUGGUAACGUUGAACGAGGCGUGACUGCUAAGGAUGGCAAACCUGUUAUUAUAAAAGAGAUGGCUGGAACAGCUUGGGUAGAUGGGAAGAACUUGCUUGGUCCUAUCGUUGGUCAAUUCUGCGUGGACCUUGCCAUCGAGAAGGCUAAGCAAGCUGGUAUAGGAUGGGUCGUGGCAAAAGGUUCAAACCACUAUGGCAUAGCAGGUUGGUACUCUAUGAGGAUAAAGGAUGCUGGAAUGAUUGGUUUGAGUUUCACUAACACAUCUCCUUGCACCUUUCCUACCAGAUCGAGACAGAUUAUCACCGGUUCGAACCCCUUAGCAUGCAGUGCUCCUGCCGAGAACGGGGAUAGUUUUGACUUAGACAUGGCUACCACGACCGUGGCAUAUGGCAAGGCUGAAAUAUGUCAUCUGAAGGGACAAUCUUUACCAAAAGGAUGGGGUUGUGAUUCAGGCGGAAAGGAGACCUCUGAUCCAAGCGAGGUACUUAACGGAGGGGGCCUUCAGCCCCUUGGAGGAGAGGAGAUAACGGGGGGAUAUAAGGGAACUGGUCUUGCUCUUAUGGUGGAGGUGUUGACUGGUAUAUUGGGAGGGGCACACUUUGGUUCCAACAUCAGAAAAUGGCACGGUGGUGACAGAGAAGCUGACCUGGGUCAGUGUUUUGUGGCAAUAAAUUCUGAUGCAUUCGCUCCCGGAUUUUCAGAGAGGAUGACGUCAUUGAUGGCAUCGUGCAGGAAUUCUGAACCAGCAGAUGGGGAAACGGAAGUACUAGUUGCAGGCGACCCUGAGAGAGUCCAUAUGGAGAAAGUAAGACAAGAAGGGGGAAUAACUUAUCACAAGAAUCUAAUAACGAAAUUGAAUGGCAUUUCAACAAGGCUGAAGGUGGAUCCAAUUGUUGUCAAGAAUCAUGACGCUGAAAAAGUUGUGGACUAAUAAUGGGAUCAUAUCGAUCGAAUCGGCCCAAUCAUGGCCCAAACUCGACGGCCAUGAUAAAUGCAAGUGGCUUGUCAUUUUCAUCGAAAUACCUGUCAUACUCGUCGCUACAAGUCUACAUACCGGACGUCACUGUUUUCCGACUGGACGCACUCAUUUGAUAAAUAUAGAACUUAUUCUUGCCCAUAUUUUUUAAUAGACAUGAUUUAUAAUCUGCUGACCAACUAAGUGUAAGCUCAGAAUUUAUUUAAAUUACUCCAAAUGCACGAUUCCACUAACGGGACCUUAUUUCGUAUUCUAGGUGUGACGCGGCAAUAAAGCAGGUCAUGAAAAAUAUUCUAAAAAUAAUGAUGAUUAAAACUUUUGAUACCCUACCGGAAUGAAGAAUUAUCUAAUUCCCUCUAUCAUUUUACGUUGGUAAAUAUAAAAAAUCAUAAUAUGAA